AUGAAGCCCUUUCAGUUUCUAAUCGUGGCCCUAUGGGCAACCCAAACCUUAGGACAAGACACAGCACAGCGCCCCCUCCAUGAUGAGAAUCAAACUAUCGGAGAUGUGCCUCGCGUAGUGUCAAAGGACCUCGACGACUUCAUUGAGCGAAUUCGAGAAGAGUGGCAUGCCCCAGGUCUAGCCGUCGCAAUUGUCGACGGGCACAACACUUGGGCAAAGGGUUAUGGCUACGCCGUUCUCAAUUCCACACCUGUCACCCCGCAUACGCUCUACUUCACCGGCAGCACCACCAAGUCCUUCACUGCCGCCGCCAUCUCUCUCCUCAUAGACAACGCGAGCGCGACCUCAUCGGUAUACCCUGGACUCAGUUGGAAGACGCCGGUAUCCGACGUCCUCCGCGAUGAUUUCGUCCUCAGCGAUGAGUGGGCUACGGCUCACAUCACUCUCGAGGACGCUAUGAGCCAUCGGACAGGCUACCCUCGCCAUGAUUUGGCACCGGCGACUACGGCUAAGGGAACUACCCGCUUAUUAAGGCAUCUACCGAUGGCUGCUGAGCCACGCACGACUUUCCUGUACAACAACAAG